AUGGCGGCGUUUAAACCUUACAAGUUUGUCCUUUUUGACAAAAACGUAAAAAAUAGUAACUUGUACAAGCAGAUAAUUGCACACCUGGACUUGUCAAUUCUUUGUAAAGAAAUUUAUGUAAGUGAAAAGUUAUGUCAUUUCAAAUACGAACAUGUGAGUAGGAACAAAUUAGUGUACUUUUCAGAUCACAACUUGUUCGACAAAUUGAAAUGCCCCCCACUCAACCGCAACAUCGAGGAGCACCUUCGACAGUUCGCUUCCAGAGGUACGCAGCAUGCUCAUGACCGCACAGAUGAGGAAGACAAAUUUGAAGCAAAAAAACGGCAUACCGACACGACGAAAGAGAAACAAAGUGGAAUGCCCAACAACAAACUGCAUAAAAAUGAUGAAGAGAAUAUGAACUCUCUCGUAAGUUUUUUUACGUAUGAUGAAAAAGAAAAAGACGAAUUUUUUAACACAUUAAAUUUGAAUAGAAAAUACGAGGUGGACCACAUAAAUAUUUUGUGCUUGAGCAAUUGCGACUUCGUUGUUGAUGCGCUUAGGAGGCAGCCAUGCAAACGGAGAAUUUCGAUCUUCUGCCCAUUUUACGUAAUUCAUGAUGGAGGUAGCGACCGUGGUGGCGAUCGUGGUGACCAUGGUGGUGCCCAUCUCGAUGGCGCCUGCGGCAACUUCGAAGGAAAGAAGAACGUUCCAAAAAGGAUUUCCGACUUUUUAUACACCAUCGUUAGCGACUUUCUUCCCAUCAGUUACAAGUACAUUCUUAUGUCCGACCUCAUCCGAGCGAUUAUUGUAAACUCUGAAUUGUGUCAAGGACAUGAGAGGGAGGACGUGGAGGUUUUGAAAUUCAUGGACAUGAUGCAGAUUAUAGGGAAGGCCGUAUAA